AUCAUUGAAAAUGCAGGUACAUUUUUUUAAUGCAUUGUAAACUUUAGAGCUACUGUUAUAACCACCUUGCAGGGCAGUUAAAAAGCAAAUAGCAUUCCCUGAGAAGCACUGUCAAAAGCGAAACACCUUCAGUACUGUUAUAACCACCUUGCAGUACAGUUAAAAAGCGAAACACCUUCAGUUCUGGGCUCCUCCCUGCGUUCGGGAAAGGCUGUUGCACAGCAACCGAGAAGGGAGCGUCUGAUGAGACAGUAGGGAAGUGUAAAAACCCGACAACUGCGCAGAACCAUGGAAAGAAAAGUGGCUCGUGAAUUUAGACACAAGGUGGAACUGUUGAUUGACAAUGAAGCAGAAAAGGAUUACCUUUAUGAUGUGCUUCGUAUGUAUCACCAGUCCAUGGUUCUCCCUGUCCUGGUGGGGGACCUGAAGCUGGUGAUUAAUGAACCAAGUCGUUUACCUAUUUUUGAUGCCAUUCGACCGCUCAUCCCCCUCAAACACCAGGUGGAAUAUGAUCAGCUCACCCCCAAGCGAUCAAGGAGGUUGAAGGAAGUGCGUCUGGACAGAACUCACCCCGAGGGGCUGGGGCUGAGUGUGCGCGGAGGACUGGAGUUUAACUGCGGCCUUUUCAUUUCUCAGAUAGUAAAGGAUGGGCAAGCGAGCAACGUAGGCCUACAGGUUGGGGAUGAGAUCAUUCGGAUUAAUGGCUACUCUAUUUCUUCAUGUAUUCACGAGGAAGUGAUAAACCUGAUUCGAACGAAGAAGACUGUGUCCCUGAAAGUGAGACAUGUUGGCAUGAUACCUGUCAAAAGCUCUCCUGGUGACCCCCUGAAAUGGCAGUUUGUUGACCAGUAUGUAUCUGAAAGUGGGGACCGUAAAAACAGCAUUGCUGGAUUAGCAUCAAUUGGAGGGAAAGAAAUCAAAGAGAAGAAGGUGUUUCUCAGUCUGGCUGGCACAAAGGGCUUGGGAUGCAGCAUUUCAAGUGGACCAAACCAGAAGCCCGGUAUUUUCAUCAGCAAUGUGAAACCAGGGUCUCUUUCUGCAGAGGUUGGUUUACAGGUUGGGGACCAGAUCGUUGAAGUGAACGGAAUAGAAUUUUCAAACUUGGAUCACAAAGAGGCUGUAAAAGUCCUAAAGAGUAGUAGAAGUCUGACGAUCACGGUUCUUACAGGAGCGGGGAAGGAGCUGUUCAUGACCGACGAGGAGCGGAUGGCUGAGGAGAGUCGGAGGGAACUGGAUCGUCAGGAGUUGAUGCAUCAGAAAAAAAUGGCUGUGGAGACAAACAAGCUUUUGAAGGAGCAACAGGAAAAAGAAAGAACAAGGAAGAUGGAGAUUGCGCAGAAGACGGCAGAGGAAGAGGAUCGAUACCGCAAGGAAAUGGAAAUGAUCCAAGCUGCAGAGCAGAAACAUAACAGGGAUUGGGAGGAAGACUGGGGCCCCAGGGAACAGGCAGCUAGGAAGAGCCCGAGCCCUGUGCCUGAUGACAUGAUUCCACCUCCACCCAAGCACAAAAGCUCUGACGAUGAGCAGACAGGCUUGCAUCACGAGUAUGCUGAGGAUGAGGAGGAGCAUGGAGGAGAGAGUGACAGUGAAAAAGAGAAGCAGGGCUUUCAAAAAUAUGUCGAAGACUUUGACCCAUACUCUAUGUUUACUCCAGAUCAGAUUGCUAGAAGGGAUGUUCGACUACUGAGAAUUAAAAAGGCGGGUCCACUUGAUCUUGCAUUAGAGGGUGGCAUUGAUUCACCCCUUGGAAAAAUAGUGGUUUCUGCUAUUUAUGAUGGAGGUUCUGCUGACAAGCAUGGUGGAGUGGUAAGAGGAGAUGAGGUUCUGGCAGUGGAUGGGGAGAUAUUGACUGAAGCUACCUUACAGGAGGCCCAGUCUAUCUUGACAAGGGCCUGGAACAGUGGUGGGGACUGGAUUGAUCUGGCAAUUGCCGUUUCCCCACCGAAGGAGUAUGAAGAUGAAGUCCCCAAAGCAGCAUCAGUCAGCCCCUCAGCAAACAGAAAGGUUUUCGACGGCAGUGCCUCUGUGUACAGACAAGGGUACCUGCUCCAGCUGUAGCACCUUCACUUUCCUAAUGGACAUUCUUUUAGAAAUGAAGACCUGUUGUGCCUGCCAUGCCAUACCAAUCCAACAGGGAAGGAGGAUCAUGUUGUUUGAAGCGGAACAUUUGAAAUGAAUUUGUAUAUUAAGUUUAUUAUUAAAACAUUCAACCUCCAUGUCUCUUAGAAAUUUUAAAUGAGAAACCCAAUCUUAACUAAAUGCACAAGUCAAUAAAUAAAUACAUACAAAAGUUUUAUUUUAAUCUGCAGCAGGGUAGAUUUAAAAGGCUCCUAAUUAGAUUUGCUCUGAGAGAUUCCCCACAGGAGCAAUACAAGUUGCUGAUGUCUAGAGCAAGUCAAUUUUUGUAAUUUUAUCCAUAUGGUUAGUUUCCAUCCAGUACUUGCUAGCUUUCAUAAUCAAUUAGUAUGCUGUUGCUCAAAUUCUCUGUCAUGGAUUAGGAGUAAUCGGCAGUAUUUGCUGCAUAAUCAUAGGAACGACAGGUUGUGAAGGGGGUACCAUAAAUUCUUUAAAGAUGAAUAGCAAAGGAAAGUGUCUGACAUUGUUUCAUUAACUAUAACCCCUUUAAGGAGGGAGUAAAUGGGGUGACAGCUAAUUAUAUUUUCACCCUGCAUGGAUUUUAGUGCACAUAUCUAUAAUGUAAAAGACCAAGGUGGCUUUGCCAAAAUGUAAGAAACAACCACCUGUUAAAUUUAAAAAAUGUAGGUGCUUUUUUAGGUUAAUUGUAAACCCUUUUUAUUUUCCAUUCAGCAGCAUUUUUUAUGUCAUUCAUAACAAUGCAGGUGAAUCUUGUUACUGUAUGUAAAAGUAUCAUGAUGUGUUUAGAUUCGCUUCUGUUUGAUCAAUUAAAUAGACCCCAUUAUCUCUUUCGGUAGACAUAGAUUCCUUAAGGUUUACCCAUCAGACCAGUAUUUACUGUAACAACUUGUGAUUUCUUUCACCCCAGAAAUGUAGACCAUUUCUGUCAAAAGAAAAUUAAAAUAAAAUACUGUGGGGGAAAAUAUAUAUUGCCAUUGUUUUACGCUUUGGAAAACGUCUGAUCAAUACUCU